AUAGAGACAAGCAGAAUGUGGUGAGUGGAAGUCCAGACAGACCACAGCAACAGAAAGGACUGAUUUUCAACUUUGCCUUCAAUUCUGCGAUUUCUGUCCUUCACCCUCCACCAGGCUUAGAUGGCUGCCGGCACUGCAGCUGUUACUCUCCUGCCUCCAGUGAAGAGCGUGGUGGUGUAUAGGAAUGGAGACCCCUUCUACAGCGGACGGAGGUUUGUGAUCAACCAGCGACAGGUGGCCACUAUGGAGGCCUUUCUGAAUGAAGUGACCCAGAGCAUCGGCGCUCCACUUGCUGUCAGGACCCUGUACACCCCGAGGCAGGGCCACAGGGUCACUGACCUCCAGGACCUUCAGACAGGAGCCCAAUAUGUUGCUGCUGGCUUUGAAAGAUUCAAGAAACUGGAUUACCUGAACCCAGGAGUUAAAAAGCGGCCUGCUGCCCGUGAAGAAACACAGGCAAAAGUAAACCAGAGGCCAAAUGUCUCAGCCAAAUGGAGGAGGUUUAUACCUGUUCCUUGCAUUAUACACGUUUUUCGUAAUGGAGAUCUACUAUGUCCACCAUUCCGAUUCAUCAUUCCUCGGAGCAUGCAGCAGGACCUGGAGCAGAUCCUGAGUCUGGUCACUGAGAAGGUCAGCUUACGAAGCGGAGCUGUGCGCAGGUUGUGCUCUCUGGAAGGAGUAACUGUGUCCUCAGCUGGGGAGCUGGAGAACGGACACUGCUAUGUUGCUGUGGGAACAGAGAGGUUCAAGAAACUUCCAUAUGUGGAGUUGUUGGUUUCAAAAGCUACUGAAAGGUAUUACCCAGGAAAGAGGAGACUGUUGAGGAGAACUGAGAACAGGAAAGCAGGAAGCGGUCCACAAGACCAGUACAGCGACUCAGCUCUCCUCAAUUCCUCAGAGUCAGAUGGUCGAAGGGUGAAGUCGACAGGAGAUGAAGCUGAAUCCUCACAAGCCACAAACCAGAGGAGCAGGAGAGAGGGAGCAGAUGAGAUGGCGGUGUUCUUUGCCAGGCCCAUCAUGAUCCGCAAAAACAGAGGAUCUGCAGCUUUUUGGUUUCUGUUUCUUACAGUGCAGCCUAGCAUUUUUAAAAGAACAACACGGAAGAGGCGAGAAGAGAUGCGGGGUGCUGAAGAGGUCGAGGAGGAUGAAAAUACCGUUACAGAGCUUCCUGUUGAUCAGAGAGUAGCAGAAAUAGUGGAGGAUGAGGAGCUGAACAACACUGAUGAUGCUCUGCACAGUACACAGCAGGUGCAGUCUUCUGAACAAGACAGUGUGAAACAGACAGAAAAUCUGGCAAAGGCCGAGGACUCUGCUGCUGAAAUACUGGUGGGUACAGUACACAGUACACACAACCAAAUGUUUACUAUAUGUAGCUUAGCUCACAUUCAGUACACAGACAAAAACAUUUCAGCUUUAAAUACAACUAAUAUUUUUAUGGUGCUUUAUAAUUGAUAUGGGUCACAUUAGUUUCAUUUCAUAUGCAGCAUUAUAUCUGCAUUAAUUUCUCUGAUUGUGCUGUUGUGGAGUACUUGGCACGAUU